UAUUAUAUGUUAUAGUUUUUGAUAAUUUAUUUACAAUAAUAAAAUAUUAUUUAUCAUGGAUAAAGAUGAACUUUAUCAGCGCCAAAAACUUGAACAAAGUGAACUUCAAGAUAUAAAGAAAAGGCUUCGAAAAGAAUAACUAUGGGAAUCAGCUAAGAUAUUGUCUAUGAAACGCAAUGCUUCCAAAGCAGACAAAAAACAAAAGCAGCAAGUAAAUAUCACAGCAGCACGUUUGCAAGCAGAACUAGAUGAAAAACACUCAAAAGAACUAGAGCAGUUAUGUCAAGAAAAUAAACCAUGUGACAUGGUUGAUGGCAUUGGUUUAAUAUCCUUAGAAAGCAACGAAGCUUCAAAGGUCAAAAUAAGUAAAGCACAGAAAAGAAGGGAUAAGAAAGAAGCUAGUAAUAGAGAACUCAAUAUAAGAAUUGCUAAUGGCGAAAAAGAAGCUGUGAAUCACUCAAGGAAUAUAGAAGCCUCGCAAUUUGAAAAACUUCUAUUUGAAAAGAAUUUAAAAAUAAUAGAAAUAAAUCCUGAUGGUAAUUGUUUGUACAACUCAAUUGCUUUUUUGUUUAAUGGUUCUACAACAGAGGAUGGUAUGUUGCAAUUAAGAGAACGCACAUCAUCGUAUAUGCUAGAACAUAUUGAAGACUUCCUUCCUUUUUCUACAAAUAAUGUUACUGGAGAUAUAAUGGAAGAAGAUGAGUAUACAAAGUAUUGUCAUGAUAUUAGAUAUACAAAUUUGUGGGGCGGCCAAUUAGAGCUAAGAGCGAUUUCUCAGAUUUAUAAACAACCAAUAGAAAUACUUCAAGCAUCAAAUCCUCCUUUAAUGAUUGGUGAAGAAUUUGAUAAGCAACCGAUUCGUUUAUCUUAUCAUAGACAUCAAUAUGGUUUGGGAGAACAUUACAAUGCCGUCGUCUCCGUAACGUGACCUAGUAAAAUAACAACUUGUUUAAAUGUCUCCUUCUUUGCAAUAAAUCACUUUUUUAUGUC